CGUGCACACUCUAGUCCUGCGCUUGCGCAGUAAAGGCCGGCGAUUGGCCUGAUUUCCGGCGGCGGCUGAACGGAAGAUGGAAGAGGAUGAGGUCGCGGAGAGCUGGGAGGAUGCGGCCGACAGCGGCGAAAUAGAUCGCCGGUUAGAGAAGAAACUGCGGAUCACACAGCGGGAGAGCAAAUCAAAGUCUCCACCCAAAGCGCCAGUGGUUAUUCAAGACGACUCUCUCCCAGCGGGUCCACCCCCACAAAUCAGGAUCCUGAAGAGGCCUACAAGCAACGGAUUGUCAAGUAACCCCCAUGCCAGCAGCCGGCCGACGGUGCCUGUGAAAUCACUGGCACAGAGGGAGGCUGAGUACGCGGAGGCCAGGAAACGUAUCCUUGGCAGUGCCAGUCCAGAGGAGGAACCAGAGAAGCCAAUUGUAGAUAGACCUAUCCGAAUCAACCAGUCAGAGGACACCAGACCAUCUAAUAACGUGAUCCGGCAGCCGCUGGGUCCCGACGGUUCACAGGGUUUCAAACAAAGCAGAUAGAUUUUUCUGGAGAAUGACACCAUGGGCUGCAUCGGCCUGUCACACCAAUGGACACGAGCAGAGGGAGUCGCCUCAUUUACUUGCACUUUGAUGACCUUUUGCUCCGCCCACUGUGACCUUAAACCCCGUGCACUGUGACCCCCCCCCCUUCCGCCACCCCUGUAGCUCCGACCACUGUGAUUGGCGCAUCGCCACAUGCUUCCCCAGGUCUUAUCACAAGGGAGUGCGUGUGCAUUAGACGGGUGGGGAGGGAGCAGGCAGAGUUGGGGGCGCCCCGUGCCUGCAACUGCCACUUCUAUGGAAGUUACCGCCAGCAAUAAUGAUAUCUGUUAGUCCCGUCUCGAGGGGGAAAGGGUCUCAUGCCCACCUCCCCUUCUCAUGAGUUUCCUUUGAGUGCAUGUCUGCCUCCUCUCACCGCAGAGGACCUUCUCCAUGAUGACUGAUUUCCCCCCUGCUCUUCAGGUGUAGUGUGCAUGAGCGAGUUUUGUUAAAAACAAAAAAAAACAAAAAAAUUAUUUUAACAGAGAGAACUUCUAGUCUUGUAGAGCGCACAGAGCAGCCGCCAUCACUGUAUGUUCUGCUAUCAGAUGCUUCAGGAACGUGCUGGUUUUGUCUGAGGACAGGUGGACAUGAGCUGCUGACGGUGGAUGUUAAAUGCUCAGGGCAUUAGCAUGGGCUAGGCCUGGAGCAGUGGGAGGGUUAAUGCCUGUGCUGUCCCUAGAGGACCAGGAAACGUGGAAGGAGAGCAGAUUUUAAUUUUUUUUUCUUGCACGGUUUGGAGUUGUGAACCUGGCUGGUGCUGUUCCUCUCCCUAGUGAUGUCGGGGCGGAUGCAGAAGCCGAUGCAGGACGGAUGCUCAGAGGCUUACGUCUGUAUAACACAGGGCCGCCAUUAUAUAAGGACUUGCGCAGGUGACCUUGUCUCGAGGGGCUGGAGCCUUUCCUGGCAGCUAUUUGACAAUAGAAUGAAUUAGACCAACCUUGUAAGAUCCGGAUCAAAACCGCGCCCGAUAAAGCUAGACGUCUAUUUUAUCCAGUAUGUCACGUCAGUGUGCUGCCCGCUCCAGCUCUUUCGGGAGGCUGGAGGUAUGAAAUGUUCAUCCAGGUGGACAGUGCGGCACAGCGCACGCUGCAUUCUGUUGCCGAUAUGUGUAUAUUUUAGGGGCAUUUUUUUGUUUUCUCUUUUUUUGUAAUAAUCAUGGGUUUUACGUGUAAUUAUCCCUUGACGGAGUUACCUGCAAUGCCAAAAUGUCCCCACUGGCCGCUGAGCAUCUUCUUUCUUCAGUCAGUGACCUACAAGGAAAAGAAGUCAAGGGGAAAAUACAAAGACUUUGGUGCCUUAUAUAAGAAGAAGCUACUGACACAUUCCCCCAUAGAUGCUAUUGUGAUUACAAACCUCAUACCAGUAUCUUACCCUAAAAUGGACCCUCCGCCUGUAAAUGGUGCAGCCGCCAUAUUUUAGGGAAUGAUGUCGUUCACUGGUUAAUAUUAUCGGUCACUGGACAUUGUCCACAGCUGAUCCAUGCAGGGGGACAGGUCCAUUUUUUUUAUUUUUUUUUAAAUAAAUUGCAGUUUUUCUACACAAUCUCUCAGUCUGUGUUUAGUAGCUCUUUUAUAUAAGACAGUUGUGUCAUGAUGAAUUAAUCUUCAGGAAAGAUGUCGGCCUUAAUUCCAUAAACAAGAAUGUAAAGCGACCUGUCAGGUUCCAUCUACGUCUUGUCUCGUGACCUGUAGCUACAGUCGCCUCUGCAAAUCUUUUUUCCUUUUUACUGACCUGUGAGUGUCCGUUGACGGCAUGUCUUAUACUCUAGUCACAUUCAGAGCUGCAUUCUGUUGGUUUCCUGGUGCCUCUUGUGCUUUAUGGCUGCCCCUAGUGGUGCACUGCAGUCAUUGCAUAGAGUUGAAGGAAAAUGAUCUAGUCCUGGGCGAGCUGACAGAUUCGUAGUUACAGGCAGAAUUGUGGGUGCUGCUCUAGAUGUGAGCAGGAUAUCGGACAUGAUGUGGCGCACACUCAGUAAAGCAGUAUGGAGAUGCAGUAACAAGUCUAUGUCCGGAUAUGUAGUGGAGCUGAGGCUGCGUGCAGUUAUGUUCCAUCAGGCUCUCUAGGUCUGGGAAGGCUCCUUACAUGAAUAUUCUCAGUAUUACCAGCGACGUCUCGGUGCUGCCCCGGAGGGGGUGCUUUUUUCAUCUGUUCAGUCCAUUCUUGAACUUCCUGUAUUUCUGGAGGGCAGCGCCGCUCCCUGGGAAAUCGAGAUGUUUACAGAGUCCGGCAGAUAAAUUUCCCUGUUCUGUUUCUGAAUAAAUGAGUGUUAUAUGA